AUGGCUAACAGGAUACUCAGAUCGAAGUCUAAAAACUUAGUAAUCCCUGAUGUCGCUAGUGUUAAGCUGGAAACGGUAAAAACCGUGAAGCCACGGGCCCGGAAGGCAAAGACGAUCGACGAUGAGGCCAAGAUCCCUAUUACUAUAAAAAAGGUUAAACCCUUACCGGUCGAGCUAUUCGAAGGAGAAUUGGACUAUUUCCGUGCUGCUGGGCCAUUGUCUUCGGAAUUGCCACCCGUGUUUGUGAAAACUCACGAUGUAGAGUGUAUCAAGGCGCUAGGGGCUGUUCUGGCCAAAGACCCUACUCUGUUUCCAACCGUUAUCUCUCAAAACUUCUCUGUUUUUCAGAUUGCAGAUAUCGAACUUGCAAAUCAGAGGCGUGACGACGAUAAUGCGUACUUCGAAAAACUCGCAGACGGAAUCUUGUCCCAACAGGUUUCCGGUAAGGCUGCAGAGUCCAUCAAACGCAAGCUUACUUUUACACUUACUGGUGUCGAACCCCAGCCUGGAAAACAGUUUUCAACCCCAGACGCAAAGACAGUUUUAGAUGCUACUUUUGAAACUCUGCGGGGGUGUGGUUUGAGCACGCGCAAGGCUGAAUAUAUGCAGGGUCUUGCGGCGAUGUUCGUUUCGGGGGAACUGAGCGCGAGCUAUUUCAACUCUGCUUCUGAUGAAGAGAUUUCCAAGAAGCUAAUCUCUAUUCGCGGUAUCGGUCCGUGGUCCGUGACAAUGUUCAUGAUCUUUCAGCUUCGGCGUUUGGACUACUUUGACAUCCGUGACCUUGGUGUUCUGCGUGGAGGUUCGCGGUAUCUGUUGGAUAGACCCACCCUCUUCGAAGAGGUAAAGUCCAAGCAUGUGCUGGCAAAACGAACCGCACACCUCAUAAACAAGAAGAACGUCAAAUGGACAGCUGUUGACGAGGGUUACGUCGAAUUCGUCGCCGCGCAGUUUGCACCAUACCGCUCGAUCUUGAUGUUUCUUUUUUGGAGACUCUCUGGAGUCAACAUUAAUGUAUUGGAAUCAUGA